AUGCUAGCUGAGAAUGCACCCGAACCGAAGGGCCAUGGACGUGGACGGUUUCGCAACGAAUAUCUCGCCGCGUUGGCUGCAACGUCGUCUCUGGUGGCUUCGGUCGCUUGUGCUGGAUGGUCUUCACCGGCCAUACCGGUGCUCCGUGGAAAGGAUUCACCGAUUCCCAUCACCGCCGACGAAGGGUCCUGGAUCGUGUCGUUGCUAUCGAUUGGAUCCCUUUUCGGACCGAUCAUUUGCGGUUUGUUCGUCGAUCGGUACGGAAGACGGCUUGUGUUGCUAUUCAGUGCGGUUCCCCUCAUCGCAGGGUGGUUAAUGAUCGCUUUUGCUCAAUCAAUCGGAAUGAUGUACGCGGCCCGGUUACUGCAUGGUGUCGGUUACGGGCUUGCUUAUUCGGUUACACCGAUAUAUCUGGGUGAAAUUUCAUCAGACAGAGUGCGAGGUUCGAUCGGCGUGCUUGUGACGGUGAUGGCCAAACUGGCGUUUUUGUUCGAGUACUCCGUCGGUCCGUAUGUGGGCUUUCGUGCGCUAGCCUGGAUUUCCUUGGCUCUUCCCGUGGGCUUUAUCGUGCUGUUUUUUUGGAUGCCGGAAACGCCAUAUUUUCUGUUGGCACGAAAUAACCAAUCUGGUGCUGCUGAAAGUCUCCGAUGGCUGAGACGUGGCGCAGCUAUCGAAGAAGAGCUGGCUCGAAUGCAGAAGCUCGUACUGGACAGCAAGCAAAAAGGAAACCCUCUCAAACAGCUGCUGCUUGCACCUGCGAAUAAGAAAAGCCUAGUGAUUAUCCUGAUUCUUUCGCUCGGUAUGCAACUGACGGGAAUCAACGCGAUCCUUGGAUACUCACAGACGAUCUUCUCGCGUUUGGCGCUUCCACUUACCGCUGCUCAGCUGUCAAUUGUCCUUGCACUAGUGCAGCUAGGAUCUGUGCUGCUGCCUACUUUCCUUGUGGAUCGCGCCGGAAGACGACCGCUGUUGCUCGCAUCAACUGCCGGUUCCCUGCUCGGAUUGUCCACCUGUGCCGUGUACUUUACACUGGAUGAAACUACCACCGAUAUUCUAUCACCCGAACCAGGUGCUGCCCACGGUUGGGUGCCGUUUGCGGGUGUGCUUAUGUUCAUUAUUUCAUUCGCCAUUGGAUUAGCGACCGUUCCUUUUGCUAUACUCGGAGAGGUGUUCCCUAAACACAUCAAGGCAGCGGCAAAUGCCGUCUUUGCGGUAAUAACGUCCGCGGUAGUGUUUUCGGUAGUGAAACUGUUUCAAAUCAUUUCGGACGGGGCGGGAACAAACUAA